CGGGCGCAGGCUUCCCUUGGGCCGCUCCGCUUGUGGUACUGCUGUUCCCCGCGCGGCGUUGUGGGGCCAGGGCGGGCGGCGGGGGCAGGUCCCCGAGGCGCUGGGGGAGGGAGGCGCGCCGGCGCCGGUGUUGGCGAGCUCCUCGGUGGUGGUGCGGGUCGGGGUGGCGGGGCCCAGGCGGUCGCUGUCGGCAGCGCCUCCUGCGGUAGCCGCCUGGCCGGCCUGCGGCUGAGGAGGCUUCUCCGUGUGGGGAGCGGGGCCGUGCGGCGGGAAGGCAGCGCGGCAGAGCCUGCCCGGCCGGGGGUCGCUCUCGUCGCCGUGUUUCUCUGCCGAGGCUUCGGUGGCCGUUGGAGGCCGUUACAGACCGUUGGGAGGCGGUGGUUGGCUGUGGGCUGUUCUCAGGGCCCUCUUGCCCUCAGCUGUGUCUGCAGGGAGAGAAGAGUUUUUUCGGUGAGCCAUGUCUUUCCAUUCCGGGCGAGGAUGUCCCCGUGCUCAGGGGGGACCAGGAGCAAGAACUUCAACACAGACCUACCGCCCUCAGAACCUACGGCAGCUUCACCCGCAACAGCCCUCAGUACAAUACCAGUAUGACCAGCAACCUGCCCCACCAACAACCUAUUCAAACCCUCCAACCACCAGUUAUAUGCCUCCCAGGCCAGACUUCGUGCCCUAUCCUCCUCCAGUGCCCCCUUCCACGCAAAAUCCCAUCAGCCAGUGUCCGAUGAGGCCACCAUUUCCAAACCACCAGAUAAGGCAGAGCUUCCCGGUGCCUCCGUGCUUCCCUCCUGCUCCGCCACCGGUGCCAACUCCUAGUGCCACUCCUGUGCCAGGAACUCCUGCUGGGCAAAGCACCUUUCCUUACCUGAUGCCACCUCCCACAGUACCGCAUCCUCCUCCCCCACCAGUCAUACCACAGCAAGUCAACUACCAGCCUGUGUACUCUGCAGCGUAUUCACAGCAAUCCUUCCCACCACCGAACUUCAAUAGCUAUCAGCACAACACUGCCUCCUUUCAGAGCAGCACUACCAACAGCAGUGGCAGCAGCAGCCAUUUUCGGCACACUGGUCAGUACCAGGGAGAGAAGUCGCAAAGUGAUCGACGGUCUCCAGAGAGGAGCAAGCACUACGAUGAGCACCGACAUCGUGAACACAGUCAUAUCCACAGUGACAGGCAUCGGUCCACUAGCCAUGGAGAUCGUCGGGAUCGAGGCCGGAGUCCAGAUAGGAGGAGGCAGGAAAGCAGUCGGCACCGGACAGAUUAUGACAGAGGAAGGCUGUCACCUCAUCACAGAAGUUAUGAGCGUAACAGCUUGGGAGGUAGCCAGUACUCGGGUCUGAUGGAAAGACCUAUUGUUUUGACAUCUUUCAGGGAGCGGGAGAGGGAGAGGCAUAGGCACCGUGACAGCAGAAGAUCACCAUCACCAGACAGAUCCUACAAAAAAGAUUACAAGAGAGCAGCAGGAAGCCGGUCUCCGAGCAGAGAGAGAAAGAGACCCCGAUGGGAGGAGGACAGAGAAAGGUGGUCUGAAAACCAGAGCUCCAGCAAAGAGAAAAAUUAUACUGCUAUCAAAGAGAAAGAAUCAGAGGAGAACGCAUCUGAAAAAAACGAAGAGGAAGAUGAGGAAUUACUUAAGCCAGUCUGGGUUCGCUGUACCCAUUCUGAAAGCUAUUAUUCCAAUGACCCUAUGGAUCAAGUGGGGGACUCUACUGUGGUAGGAACAAGCAAGCUCCGAGAUCUGUAUGAAAAGUUUGAUGACGAGUUAGGAAAGCGACAGGCAAAGGCCAAAGCAGCCAGGCCACCAUGGGAGCCACCAAAGACCAAGCUGGAUGAAGAUUUAGAGAGCUCCACUGACUCAGACUGUGACUCUGAAGAUGACAGCAGCUGCUCUAGCAGUUCAGAUUCUGAAGUUUUUGACGUCAUUGCAGAAAUUAAGCGUAAAAAAGCACACCCUGAUCGUCUCCAUGAAGAACUGUGGUACAAUGAUCCAGGACAGAUGAAUGAUGGACCUUUGUGCAAGUGCAGUGCUAAAGCCAGACGAACAGGAAUAAGACAUGGCAUUUAUCCUGGCGAAGAGCCCAUUAAACCAUGUCGCCCCAUGACCAACAAUGCUGGAAGACUAUACCACUAUAGAAUUACUGUGUCGCCUCCCACAAACUUCUUAACAGACAGACCUACUGUUAUUGAAUAUGAUGAUCAUGAAUAUAUCUUUGAAGGGUUCUCAAUGUUUGCACAUGCCCCACUAACAAACAUUCCUCUAUGUAAAGUAAUCAGAUUUAACAUUGACUAUACAAUUCAUUUCAUUGAGGAGAUGAUGCCUGAGAAUUUUUGUGUGAGAGGUCUUGAACUGUUCUCUUCAUAUCUAUUCAAAGAUAUUUUGGAGCUCUAUGACUGGAAUCUUAAAGGUCCUUCACUUGAAAAUGAUUCUAUUUCCUGCCCCAGAUUUCACUUCAUGCCGCGAUUUGUGAGAUUUCUUCCAGAUGGAGGAAAAGAAGUACUCUCAAUGCAUCAGAUUCUUCUCUACUUGUUACGAUGCAGUAAAGCUCUGGUGCCUGAAGAGGAGAUUGCCAACAUGCUUCAGUGGGAAGAACUGGAAUGGCAGAAAUAUGCAGAAGAAUGCAAAGGGAUGAUCGUUACCAGCCCUGGCAUGAAACCCAGCUCAGUUCGUAUUGAUCAACUGGACCGUGAACAGUUCAGUUCUGAUGUAAUUACUUUCCCCAUUAUUGUCCACUUUGGGAUACGACCUGCUCAACUCAGUUACGCCGGAGAUCCUCAAUACCAAAAGCUGUGGAAGAGUUAUGUGAAGCUGCGUCACCUGCUGGCUAACAGUCCCAAAGUCAAACAGGCUGAUAAACAGAAAUUAUCACAAAGAGAGGAAGCACUGCAGAAAAUUCGUCAGAAGAACACAAUGAGACGUGAAGUGACCGUUGAGUUGAGUAGCCAGGGAUUCUGGAAGACAGGGAUACGCUCUGAUGUCUGCCAGCAUGCAAUGAUGCUUCCUGUCCUCACCCACCAUGUCCGCUACCAUCAGUGUCUGAUGCAUUUGGACAAAUUGAUAGGCUACACUUUUCAAGAUAGAUGCUUGCUGCAGCUUGCCAUGACUCAUCCAAGCCAUCACUUAAACUUUGGAAUGAAUCCGGAUCAUGCUAGAAAUUCCUUAUCCAACUGUGGGAUUCGACAGCCAAAGUAUGGAGAUAGAAAAGUUCACCAUAUGCACAUGAGGAAAAAAGGGAUAAACACCCUGAUAAAUAUUAUGUCCCGUUUGGGACAGGAUGAUCCAGCUCCUUCCAGGAUUAACCACAACGAGCGUUUAGAAUUUCUGGGAGAUGCUGUGGUGGAGUUCUUAACGAGUGUCCACUUGUACUACCUGUUUCCCUCUCUGGAGGAAGGAGGAUUAGCUACGUACCGCACUGCUAUUGUACAGAACCAACACCUGGCCAUGUUGGCUAAGAAGCUGGAACUAGAUCGAUUUAUGCUUUAUGCUCAUGGUCCAGACCUUUGCAGGGAAUCAGAUCUCCGCCAUGCCAUGGCCAACUGCUUUGAAGCCCUAAUAGGAGCUGUUUAUCUAGAGGGAAGCCUAGAAGAAGCAAAACAAUUAUUUGGACGUUUACUCUUCAAUGAACAGGACCUGCGGGAUGUAUGGCUUAAUUAUCCACUACACCCACUCCAACUGCAAGAGUCCAAUACUGACAGGCAACUCAUUGAGACCUCUCCAGUUCUUCAAAAGCUUACAGAGUUUGAGGAUGCAAUUGGAGUCAUCUUUACUCAUGUUCGGCUUCUAGCACGUGCAUUCACUCUGAGGACAGUAGGCUUUAACCAUCUGACUCUAGGCCACAACCAGAGGAUGGAAUUCCUGGGUGACUCCAUAAUGCAGUUGGUAGCCACAGAGUAUUUAUUCAUACAUUUCCCCGAUCAUCAUGAAGGGCACUUAACGCUGUUAAGAAGUUCUUUGGUGAACAACAGGACACAAGCCAAGGUGGCAGAAGAGCUGGGUAUGCAAGAAUUUGCCAUCACUAAUGACAAGACAAAAAGACCUGUAACUCUUCGAACUAAGACUUUGGCUGAUCUCUUGGAAUCCUUUAUUGCUGCCUUGUACAUUGAUAAAGAUUUGGAAUACGUUCACACUUUUAUGAACGUAUGCUUCUUUCCACGGCUAAAGGAGUUUAUUUUAAAUCAAGAUUGGAAUGAUCCUAAAUCUCAGCUUCAGCAGUGCUGCUUGACUCUCAGGACAGAAGGAAAAGAGCCAGACAUUCCUCUUUACAAGACUUUGCAGACAGUGGGACCAUCUCAUGCCAGGACAUACACAGUAGCUGUUUACUUCAAAGGGGAGAGAAUAGGAUGUGGUAAAGGCCCAAGUAUUCAGCAAGCGGAAAUGGGAGCCGCAAUGGACGCACUUGAAAAAUAUAACUUUCCCCAGAUGGCCCAUCAGAAACGGUUCAUUGAACGGAAGUACAGACAAGAGUUGAAAGAACUGAGGUGGGAAAAAGAGCAUCAAGAGAGAGAGCCAGAUGAGACUGAAGAAGCAAGGAAAUAAAAGGAGGGCACAGAAGCAGUGGUAUAUUUACUUAAUAACUGACUGUGGCCUACAGAGACCUAACCUAAUUUCUUGCAGAUGAUGAAUGAAGGGUGCCUGUUGAUAUGAAAUAGAAAAUCAUUAUUUCUUCUUAAAAAAGUGCGUGUAUAUAUUGUAUUUCUUUGGUUUUAAAUGCAAAGUUUGUUUGGCUUUUUAAUAAGAUCUGGUUUUAAAUCCUUUUAAUUUUUAUGAAAAGUUGUGGGAUUAUUUUUAUUAUUUUUAUCGUCUUGUAUGAAGUAAUAAAGUAUUCAUUUCAAAAGCCUGUAGGAGGAAACGCUGUUUAACAAUUGUCUUCUAUGUCCAAAUGCUGUUUUGUCAGUGACUAGCGAAGUUACUACAUGAACUCCACUGUGGAGGAGGAAAGUGUUAUGAGAAACUAAUUCAGCAGACCACUUAAGCAUGUACCUAUCUUAAGUUUUGCAGCUAAAUGUACUUCUUGACUCUGUUAUACCGGAGCCAUAAACUUCCGGUCCUUUUACGGAAACUGGUACAGUAAUUUAAGCAAAGAAGUUACUCCGGUUUAAACAGUCGAUUCCACAUCUGGAAUGUGAAACAGGUGUUUGUGGAGGGUUGGGGUUUUUUGUCUUUAAAUCAGUAUUAUAAAACUCUAAGAAAACAAACAUAAUUAUGAAGCAAGAGAAUGACAGCUUUUUUUUUCCUGGAGAAUGUACUGAGUUUACAUUUACAAGUUUAGUUUCAUUCUCAACUUCUUGUGCUAUCAAACUGAUGUCUACUUCAAUGGAUUUCUUUGUCCAGAACAAACCAGUGUGACCAUAAUAUUCAAAUGGUGUAUUAGAAACUCCAUACAGGUGCUCUUCCGGUUAGGUUCGUUGAAAACUGGUUGUAUCCAGAGGAGGGCAGAAUUUCUCCCCAAGGUAUACUUCAAAGGUGGUGUACAGUUUUAAGUCACCCAGUUUUCUUGAUUUUUGGUGUCUUGUAUUACAGACAGAUGUUUCUUCUGUAAAAGUUCUGAAUGGUACCAAAAGUGGAACAUCCACUGUGUAUUCUGGUGUUUUUUCCCCCACUGACUACCAGCUUCAUUGCAGAUGUUCGUACUUUUAAUUUGCCUGCUUCAAGCCAUUCAUUUUCGUUACGCUGAUUUCUGAGUUAAACCAGUCUCUUAGUACAUAUUGUGUAGUCAUUUCUCUGUCUUUUCUGGUAAGUGAAACAGAUACAACUUUUAUUUUCCUUAACUGCAUAUUUUCUUCCUGCUUCAGAUCCUUCUUGGUGAGUUAUUUAUGCGUCUUUAUCUGACAUAAGUAACACAGAUGUGUGUGAUAAGAUACCAAGCAGCUUUGUGAGCAUGGAUGUAUGAGUCUGGCCCAAAGAAUUCAUACAGACUCCUGAAAGAAAACUUUUGCCCAAUGGCCACACUACACUCAGCGGUUGUCUGAAGCAACUUUCUGUAAGUGUGUGAUGGGCAUCCAUGAAAGCACUUUACUGCAGGUGCCAAAGUAGACACAAGUGUAGCUGAAAAAUUCAGACUACCCAAAUGUCUUCCCAAAGUUUCACUUCUGAGCUAAUCGAUAUGUGUAUUUUCAUAAGCACAUUUUUGUACACAUGCAAUGUGAGAUGCACUUAAAUGUGUUUUUUUUAAAAAACUUGACCCCACAGCACUACCUCACUUCUUCCAGCUUCUAUGAUUGCCUUUUCUUAAUGGAUUGAUGCUCUACAUCCAUUUCAGAGGAUGAGAGGGGGGAAAAAAAACCCCUACCAAACACAUUCUGUAAUUUAGAGAAUGAUAAUAAACCAUUAAAACAUAAAGGAGGGGAUAAAAAACAAGAUAAAGGCAAGGAGCUGAUCUCUGCUGGAUGCUGCUGUUCUUUGACUUUCGAGAAGUGAUUGUAACUCCUUGUAGCUUCAGUCUGUAAAUAAAAAGCUGAAAUGCCUCUGAACAGCAGCAGGCUUGAAAAGCAAGCAGCAGCAACUCCCCUGUCCUCAAGUCUUUUGUAUUUCCAAAUCUUUUGUAGAAUUGCCCAUCUGCUUCUAGCAGUAAGUUGAACUGGUGCAUUGGUAGAGGGCUAAGGGUAAUUGUGUACACUGUUAUUUUCUUUUUCCCUCUUAACUGUGACCAGAAUCAUGUGUUUAACAAGUAGAACAUGCAGUGACUUCAUUUUCAGGUGUAUGGUUGCUUCACAAAUUUCUCUCAUCGUAUCUGAUAUCACCACUGUACCCCAGUGGAAUUGUUAGCUCAUGGUUUAACAUUACUUUCAUUCUUCCUAUACAUCAUUUCACUUUUCAGUUGUAAGAAGACUGUGAGCUUAUUCAUAAACACUUGCACAAAAAUAGAUUGAGUUUAUCAGAUAUGCUGUUUGGGGGAAGGAAACCAGAACUGUUUUCUUUUCUUUGACCCAGAAAUUGCUUGAAAACAAACGAAAAUGAUUUCUGCAUUCCAUUACUACAGUUAAUGAAUUUUAGGUCUUCCUCAAUAAAAAGUAGAUGAUAACCAUUUUUUCACAAGUGGGCUAUUUUCCCUUUUUUCACUGUAUAAGCAUGGGCUAGGAAGAUUGCCUGAAGAAAUUUUGUUUUCCUUGUCUUGAGGGCAAAAAACAAAAUAAAAGAUAAAUUCAUGUUUCC